GUAACAGGAAGCCACGGUAGUGGAUCACUUAUAGUCUGACUGUAGCUCCAACUUCACCAACAUUUCAUUGUGUCCUGGAUUCAGUGUGCGUCAUUGUUCCAUACGCGCUUCAGACACUACGCUGUGGAAAGGGGGAUUCGUUUCUUCUGCAUGUUAGGGACACCAACCACUGUCCAUCGAGAGAGAACUGCUUGAGCGUGUAUACACAGUUUUUUUCGGCCUUUUCUCUAUCAGAUCAUCGGUCUUUGCCGCUGUGGACACUUUGAAAUGCCAAAGAUGAAACUAGAGGGCUGUUGGAUUGCUUCUCUCCUACUACUGUGUUCUGUCACAGAGCAUUUUGGCGUUGUUCACGCUGAAGAGAACGAAACUUCUAAGGAAUUGCAGAAUGGUUACCACGACAUCGGCGUUACGAGGAAUAAGAUCGUGACUGCCCAAUUUGAGUGCUACCAGAAAAUCAUGAAGGAUCCCAACCGCAACAAGAAAGGUCCCAUGUGCAAUCGGACCUGGGACGGGUGGCUGUGCUGGGACGACACAGAGGCGGGGAUUACCUCCGAACAGCACUGUCCCGACUACUUCCAGGACUUUGACCCUUACGAGAAGGUGACGAAGAUUUGCAAUGAAAAUGGCCGCUGGUUUUCACAUCCACAGAGUAACAGAACGUGGACAAACUACACCAGAUGCAAUGAACACACAAAUGAAGGCAGAGUGACAGCGAUGAACUUGUUCUACUUAACCCUAAUUGGCCAGGGAUUGUCUUUGAUUGCAUUGUUUAUUUCACUGGGAAUAUUUUUCCAUUUCAACUUAAGUUGCCAGAGGAUAACGCUGCACAAGAACCUGUUCUUCUCCUUUGUGUUAAACUCAAUCAUCACCAUUAUUUUACUGACCGCAGUUGCUAACAACCAGGAGCUGGUGCAGCAGAACCCUGUGAGCUGCAAAGUGUCCCAGUUCAUUCAUCUCUACCUUUUUGGCUGUAACUACUUCUGGAUGCUGUGUGAGGGGAUCUACCUGCACACGCUCAUCGUUGUGGCAGUGUUUGCCGAAAAGCAGCACUUAAUGUGGUACUAUCUUCUGGGAUGGGGAUUCCCAUUGAUACCGGCUUCCAUUCAUGCAAUCGCCCGCAGUUACUACUACAAUGAUAAUUGCUGGAUCAGUUCGAACACGUCUCUGCUGUAUAUUAUCCACGGACCCAUCUGCGCUGCAUUGUUGGUGAACUUGUUUUUCCUGCUGAACAUCGUGCGUGUCCUCAUUACCAAGCUGAAGGUGACGCACCAGGCGGAAUCCAGCCUCUACAUGAAGGCAGUCCGAGCCACUCUCAUUCUGGUGCCUCUGCUGGGGAUCCAGUACGUUCUGCUGCCCUACAAACCCCAUGGACGCGUCUCCUCAGAGGUCUACGAUUACGUCAUGCAUAUUUUAAUGCAUUAUCAGGGGCUGCUGGUGUCCACCAUUUUCUGCUUUUUUAAUGGAGAGGUGCAAGGCGUACUGAGGCGACACUGGAACCAGUACCGCAUGCAGUUUGGGGGAAACUUUGCCCACGCGGACGCCAGGUCCACCUCCUACACGGCCUCCUCCAUCACUGAGGUGCAGGGCUGCUACAGCAUCGACGGACACUCGGAACACUUGAAUGGCAAGAGCUGCCACGACAUCGAGACCACCAUCCUGAGAACGGAGCACCCGUUCGCCUGAGGCCCCGCCCCUCUGGCCGAGGGGCCUACCGCAGCGCAGGAAGUCAGAGGGUUCCGUGCUGAUGUCACGCAGCAGACCAGGAAGUCCCCGUUACUCUGUAUGAGCCAGAAAUGGUUUCACUGUCUGUAAUAGAAAUGGGCGCUUCAUUUUGACUGGGGAUCCCUGAGGAUUCUUCCCGGCAGAUUGUAGGGAUUGUAAGACAUCAUUAGCUGCUCCUUUACUCCUUAUCUCUGAAAAACAUGCACACACUCUGGAUGUCUGUCUCAAAGCAAAGCGCUGUACCCUCCUCUCCUCAUAAAAACAUGAAAAAGGCACCAUCACCCAUCCACAUUACAACUUUUCAGGUUCAUUUGAAAGGAACCAUUUUGCUUGUGAAAAAAAUACAUUAGUGCUUUUGUCAAGAGCUUGAUACCAACAUUCAGACUGGUCCCCUAAUGCUUGUUCAUGCUUUAAUAAAAUAAUAAUAACAAAAAAAACAUGGCCGCUAUGGACUGUGAAGAGGAGUCCAAGAGAAAGAGGAGGCAGACAUCUUGAAGCACUGGAUCUACACUUACACAGUUUAAUAACCUCUCACUGUCUUCACUGUCAUUAUUACCCAUUAUCCUUUAUCUUCAAGACCAAUUAUCAUGCUGUGCUUAAUCAGUUCUUAUUUUAUUUUUUUCCACUUUCAGUGAGUUAUAUGAUUUCUGAUUAUGUAAUAUUAGACAAAGCACUGCAAAAACAAGUCUUCAAGUGUACUUGACUUUUUUUAUCAUUACGUGGGGAGAAAUGUUAGCCUGAAUAAUCUUCCACGAGAGAUGACAUGGUGAGUACUAUAUCAGAUGCUGCAGGAUACAUCAGAUAAACUCAAUCUCCACAAAUGCAUUGUGGUGUAAUUAUAAAGUGAUUUUAUUUGAUUGUAAAAAUUGUAUGACGUGUACUGAAUGUGUAAGGCCUACCACUGCAGUCUUCUAGGAAAUGUGGCUCCUCCUUACGGUGAGUCAUUUAUGUUUUAUGAAUCCAGUUUUAUUCCGUUUUAAGAGAAGUUGGUGCCCUUUUGAUUCUAAACAGUUUUGACAGGCCUUUUUAUGACCUUGUCUAAAUAUAAGGAUUUCUUUCUAAUUCCCAUACUAUAAUAAAUACAUUGUUUUACAUUUUUCAGAUCCAUGGCAUUGUUAAGGCAUUAGAAUUUCUCAAAAUAUUUUUGCAUCCAAUUACAAAAAAGGUACACAUGUUAUGUAUUCAGCUGAAGUGAAAUGACAUUGCAAUAUAGCUAACAUAAUUCAAGCCCUGAAUUUAUGAUUGCGUUAAUAUUCAUAAACCAUGACAGAUAUUUCUAGCCUUAGCAGUGUAUCCAUGGAUCCUGUGUAUAUGAGGUAAAUUCGACAAGUCUUGCAGAGCAGGCUCAAGGGGGAAAGAAAGAUGGCCGAUGGGUCUCAACUGAAGAUGAAUUAAAAUAUCUGUAUUUAAUCAUUUCAUAUUCAUGACAGCACAUUCAGCCUUCAGAUACAAUUGGCCUACUUUAUUCUACCGCUGGCUGUAAACUACAAUCUUAAAUAUGAAAUUAAUCUUCUUACAUUCCCUCAGGACUUAGAUGUAUGCCCUAUAAAUAUAUGUCAUUUUUAUGUCUGGCACAUAUAUUUAUCUUGUUUCCAUUAAGUACUUUCAGAAAAUCUUUUCUUUGAGCAUUCAAGUCAUUUCAUGUUCAAAUGCUGGAAAGAAAUCUGCUUACACUCAGAAAUUGUAAAUACGUUUGUAAAUCAAGGACUGCAAAGGUUAUUUGUGUGUAACAUAUUUAUAUGUGUAUGCGUAUAUGUGUAUACAGAUAGAAAUACAUUCAAGUAUGAGUUAUCGUUUUUAUUUAUGAGACUAUGGGAGACUGAAUGGAAGUGCUUUGGAGUGUGUUUUUUUCUGUAAAAGAAGAUGAGGGGUCUCCCUACUGGCAGACACCAGGCCUAAGAGUGAUGCUAAUGCGGAAAACUUUACUGUACAAAUGUUUGUAUGGGGACUCAGUGUAGUGAACUGGGUUUAAUUACAGAAAGAUGGCAGGGUUUCGUAAUCAACUCUGUAAGACCAAUCAGCUUCGGCACGAUGGCUUUCAACAUUGGUAUCUUUCCAGGAAGUGUCAUAAUCUUUUGUAUAUUUAGGACUUAACAUAGUUAGACUAAGAAAACGGCAUUAUCAAUUUUUAGUUUUUUGUUUUUUUUUUCAAAAGAAGGAAAAUAAAAAGCUAAUGAUAUGAAAUAUGAAUGGAAAGUGCUACUUGCAACAAGUGCAGUGUGUACCGAUUCAGCUGAAGUUAACAUUGUUACAUUUUUAUGGUAAAUUUAGUGAUAAAGUGUGUAAUCUACUUUUAUAUCACCACAAGGCUUGUAGACCAUGUUGCUUUUUUUUCUGAAACGUUUUCAUAGGUGUUUGCAUUUGUGUACACCUUGCAGCUCAUCGAAGAGCAAACCUGUUUAUAGAUGAUGUUGAAAUAACAUCAGUAUGAUACUGUACUCUAUUUUAUUCAGAUCCUGAUGCUUGGACUCUUCUCCGCAAUGUGUGAAUUUAAAACGUGUCUUUUAUUCUGUAGAUGUUGACAUAUAUUUCUGGCCAACUGUUUAUUACUGAAUGUGGGCAAUCUUGCAAAUAUAGAUCAUUAUCAGCAAA